GAAUAUCAGUUUGUACUGGAAAAAUGCUAUAUUUGGAAUCAUAGAAUCUCAGAAAUUUAAAGUUAGAAGAAAUAUCUGAAGCUAUAACUCAAUAAAGGAUCCUUUCCUAUGAGCAGGUCCAGCCCUUUUAGAAAUACUUCCUAUGAGGGAGAAACACCUUACCCUCCCCAAAGCAGCCAGCCCAGCCCACUUUGGAAUAGAUCUAAUUGUUAGGAAUUUUUUUUUCUUAUAUCAAGCCUACACUUGCCUCUUGCCAACUUUAACACCCAUAUCCACCCCUGCCCAUAGGGGAGAAGCCUAAUCUUUCUCCUAAAGGACAAUACCUCAAAAUAUUUAAACAAUAGUUUAUUGCUCUCCUUAAGUCUCUUUUUCCCCCCAAAACAUCCCCAUUCCAUCCUCCUGUGGCUGAAACUUGAGUCACUUUAUUCUCUUGGUUACCCUGCUUUGUCUUACCUAAAAUACUGUGCUUAGAACUGAGCAUAGUUUUCUAGAUGUGUACUACUCAGGGUAGAGUGAAAUAUUAGCUUGCCACCUUCUUAUUUCUGAGUUCCCUUUUAAAAUCACAUUAGUUUUCUUAGCCACUACUUAAUGUAUAGACUUGUAUUGAGCACUAAAAUCCUCAGAUCUUUUGAAGGGAAGAUUCCCAAAUAUGCAUUUAUAUACUAUCACAUUUCAGUGUAUGGAAGAAAAACAAAGACAGAGGGAAACACAGAAAACAGUUUUGUCACCAUUUUGUUCAAUUUAAUAUAUAUAUAAACUUUUUUUAAGCCCUUACCCUCUGUCUUAGUAUCAGUUUCUAGACUAAGAACAAUGGCAAGGGCUAGGCAAUUAGGGUUAAAUGGCUUGCCCAGGAUCAUACAGCUUGGAUGUGUCAGUCACACUUCAGCCUAGAACCUCCUGACUCCAGGCCUAUCACUCUGAACACUGAGCCACCUAGCUGCCUCUGUUGCUUAUAUUGAUAGUUUUUAUAAUUACAAUAAAGUAAAAUUUGGUCUUAGUUGAGAGCAGUGUUUGAAAUAUAGCCUUAACUGACUUUUAUAUACUUCUAAACUUUAUGAUGGGUUGACAAAUUAUCUUUCACUUUUAAAAAAAUAUUAAAAAAUUGGAAUCGUGGCAUGGAGGACAAAAAGGAACUAAGAGAACAUAUCUUCUCUUGUCAACUAAGCCCUCAUUGUUCAAAGAGUUGGCCACCUAAAAACAUGUUGGGUGGAAGAGGAAAGCAAAGCCAAGUUAUAGUUAGAAAUUUGACCCUAGGUAGAUGAAUGUUCCAAAGACAGUUAAUUGGAAACUGACUUUUCUCAAAUAGAAAAUUAUAUUAACAUAACAUAAAAAAUUUAAAAUAGCACCAAUAUGAAUUAUAAAAUAUUUUUUUAAAGUACAAUUUUGUUACUUUAUAUUAUAGAUUAACUCAUAUUGUGUACAUAUAUAAACUAACUCAUAUGUAUAUAUCUUCAGACACACUUGAAGAUGUUUUAAAAGUUUUUUCCCUUUAUAUGCAGUAUUUUAAAUACUUAUUUAUGCAUCAGUUUUGUUUGUGCUAUUAAUUUGAAUUGUCUAUGAAGAGUGAUACUUAUUGUGGUAGAGUAGAUAGAAUCAGAAGACCUGGGCUUGUGUCAAGCCUCUGACACAUACAGUGAGAUCAGGAACAAAUCAUUUUGCUUCUCAGUGCCCUAGGCAAUUUUCAAAAGCCAUAAGUUUUUAAAGUUCUACAGCUUUAUAGAUGGAGAGAAGUUUCAUACCCAAAUUCUCUAUAAUAAUAAAAUCAUUAGUGCAAACCUCAAUUAUUUAAUAGUCAGUUUGUUAAAACCAUGUUUCUCAAAGCAUGAUCUGGUAGUUCCAAGUUCCCUAAGACCCUUUCUGGGGGGUUUGUAACUUUUUUUCAUAAAACAAAGGCAUUUUCAUUUCUAACAUGGUAAAUAUCAAUACAUAUAACCCACAUAAACAAAAGCUCUUUGGGAUCCUCAGUAAUGUUUAAGAGUAUAAAAGGAAAAAUUUGAGAUAAAAAGUCCAGUUCCUGUUGAAAUUAGCCCCCCAAAUCUGAAUUAAUAUAAUUCACAUUAGUGACAUUUUAUUAUUACUAUGGUUCUUAAAUGGGGUGUGCUCUCAGAGACUAUGUAGUUUUCGAUCAAUUAGGAUUAUUCAGCAAAAAUAACUUUUGAAGAUUCAAAAUAAAAAUGGUUAAAAAAAGAAUUUUAAGUUAUCCCAAAUCUGGCUAGACACUGUCCUUCUGCAUCCUACCAUGCCAUUAUAUAAUAUAAGAUAUCCCUCUUAAUGUUCAGGAAGAGGGCCCUUUGCCCCCACAUUUUUAUCUCCCUCAAAUAGGUCUAAAGCAUUAUAUGGAAAAAUCCCUUCAUAUUCCCUUUCAGAAGAGAAAAUGGGGAUGGUUUUCCCUACUCACAUAAGUCCUUUUGUGCCUGAAAUGAUGCUGGAUUUUAGAAUGUGGAUGGAGGAUCAUAGACAUUGAGCAAAAGGUAUGUGUUAAUGAUGAUCUGGUUGCAAAGAACUUUGCUUGUUAUGUAACACCCAAAGAAAAGAAAAUUGAUUGUUCAGAGAAAUCUACAACAAAGAGUUUAGAAUCCUCUCCAGAUAAAAUCAAUCCUGCACUUGCUCUUUGGCCAAUGUUGUUGCAAGAAAAGAAUCCUGAAAAACUUGAAAAGGGUGUGAUUUUACAACGUAAUGGUCUUUCAUUACAUUUUCCCUCUAAAAAAAUCAGUGAGAAGAUAGAGAAAAUAUAUAAAGAAAAGGACUGUAUCUCCUUAAAAGAAAUAAAUAAAAUUACUGUUGCAACUUCAGCAUAUUGUCCUAGAAAAGGUGGCAUAACUAUUUAUGCUGAGCCAGAUGUACAAACAGAAAGUUCAUGUCAGAAGUUAAAUGAAAAACAAUUCAAAUUGACAUUAAAGAAGAAAUAUGAUGAAAAAAAUGGCUGUGUAAAGUUGCUGCAGUUUUUAAAUCCAGAUCCUUUGAAAACUGAUGGUAUCCAUGACAUACAGCAGUUGCAGAAAUCAAAAUCUGGCAUCCUGCAGCCUUCUGUUGUUCUGAGAAACAAAAUUGAACCCUGUUCAUUUGAAACUGCACCACUUUCAGUAGAUUUGAAAAAGACACUUCGAAAAAAUAAAUUUCUGGGACCUAAUCACACUGAGUCUUAUUGCUGGCCUCCAAUAGCUCGUGGAUGUGAUGUGGUUGUUGUAUCUCAUCAUGGAAAUGAUCCUCUCUUAUAUAUUCCACCAAUGCUUACAUUUUUGCAUACUGGAGGCUGCUACAAGUCAUUACCAAGUAGAAAUGGACCAUUAGCAGUAAUUGUAUGCCCUGGAUGGAAAAAAGCUCAGCACAUAUUUGAACUAUUAGAAGAAUAUGGGAGAUGUUCAAGGCCUCUUCAUCCUAUGUUAUUAAUAAUUGGACUUAACAAAGAAGAAGCUCAAAAUAUGAAGUUUCAGAGGGGAUGUGAAGUGAUUAUAACAACACCCCAUAGCCUCUUGAGACUUCUGAAGUAUCAUAGCUUGUUAUUUCUCAGACUUUGUCAUCUUAUUUUUGAUGAAGUUGAAGUGUUGUUCUCUGAAGCUGGUGAGCAAAUGCUUACUAUUUUAGACUAUUUCAAGAAAACUAUUAUAAUUGAAGAAAGGGAAUCUGCACCUCAUCAGAUUGUAGCUGUUGGAGCUCAUUGGAGCAAACAUAUAGAACUUUUAACCAAAGAAUUUAUGAAUGAUCCUUACAUUGUUAUAACAGCCAUGGAAGAAGCUGCUCUUUAUGGAAACGUCCAGCAGGUAGUGCAACUUUGUCUAGAUUGUGAAAAAACCUCAACAUUACUUCGAAUGCUUGAGUUCAGUCCAAGUCAUGCUCAGAAGACCUUGAUAUUCACAGGUUCUGUGGCUGAAGCAGAAAUAGUUUGUAAGGUAGUGGAAAGCAGUUCAAUAUUUUGCUUGAAAAUGCACACAGAAAUUGCUGCUAAUUUUAAAAAUGUAUUAGAACAAUGGAAAAAGAAGUUAAGUCUUGGGUCUCAUAUUGUAUUGGUUUUAACUGAUGACUGCAUACCUCCUUUGGCUAUAACUGAUGCAACUUGUGUGAUUCAUUUUAGUUUUCCUGGUUCUCCAAAAAUUUUUGGAGGACGUCUAUAUUGCAUGUCUGAUAAUUUCCAAAGUUUAAUUGAACAGGGCACUUCCUCAGAGCAAGGAAAUAAAAAGGCAAAAUCUAUUUUGCUACUAACAGAGAGAAGUGCGUGCUGUGCGGUUGGUGUAUUGCGUUACUUGGAACGAACAGAUGCUAAAAUUCCACCAGAGCUAUGUGACUUCACUGCAGGUGUUUUGGAAGCUAAGGAAGAUAAGAAGCUCAGAAGACCUCUUUGUCAUUAUUUUAAGGUUUCUGGGUUUUGCAAAGAUAAAAGGAUAUGCCCAGAUCGACAUCAUAUUAACCCAGAAAUAGACAUGCCAAGGAAAUUAACUGACCAAACUCUACCAACAGCUGGAUAUAUUAAGAUAAUACCUUUCUAUAUUAUGAAUGCAACAAACUAUUUUGGACGCAUAAUUGAUAAACAUGAGGAUCUAUAUGCAGCCCUUAAUGUGGAAAUGAAGGAGUAUUUUAAGGAAUCCAAUAAUAAAAUGUCUGUUGAAAAAGUUGAGAAGUUUGCCUUGUAUGGACUAUAUGAAAAAGCAAUUUUUCACAGGGUUCAAGUUUUGGAAAUGAGCCCCAAAGAGGAAAAUUGUGUCUUUUUUAAUGUCCACAUAAAAUUUAUAGAUGAAGGCAGAACCAGUGAUACUAAAAAUCAUCAGCUGCUUUAUCUACCCCAGAGAUUCCAGAAUCUGCCUCCUCAAGCAGUAGAAUUUAUUGUUUGUAGAGUAAAACCUAUCGAUAAUGAAGUUGAAUGGAACCCAAAGGUUACUAGAUAUAUUCACCAUAAAAUUAUAGGAAAACUUCAUGAGGCAAAAGUAGUACUGUCUUUGGGAAAUACAGUUUGGAUUGAUCCAAUGGUCCAUCUCACCAAGCUUUCAGAUUUGAAAACUUCUGUAAUUGAAUAUAAUGUACGAGCUGAAAUAUUAUCAAUGGGAAUGGGUACUGAUAAUCCAGAACAUAUAGAUCAACUUAAAAAACUGUGCCAAGAAGGGAAAAUGUUUCCCCUGCAAGAGAACACAUUCCAAACCAUAAUACCUCCUUUAACGCCCAACAGAACAAGAGAGGAUACAGGAGGCCUGCAAGGUUCAAUAUCAGACGAUGACAAAAUUUCAGAAAACAAUAUUUCCUUACAAGUUAAUAAAGAAAAUCAAAAGUCUGGAUGCAGGUUCUUAAAAUUAUUCUCACUACUUGACAAAAAAGGAAAUGGGCUAAGGAAACGUAAGAGACUUGCUCCCAGUCACAUGUCCAAUAUCAGAGGGGGAAUUGGAAUUACCCAGGACUCGGCCAGUCUCUUUUCAUUGUAUCAUGCUGCUGCUUCAGAACUGGAAGUGAUAUCAGAAAAUAGUGGAGAUCAUUGUAUUAAAGAAACAACACAGCAACAGCAGCAGAAAAGUUUCCACCCAGAAAUAAAAUGGUUUCAAAAAGAAGAUGUUGUAAUUCUGAAGAUAAGACUAAGAAAUGUAAAAGAUCAGAAAUGUAAAUUUUUUAGAGAAAGGGUGGUUUUCAGUGCUUGGGUAGGAGAUAAAUUUUACUUGGCUGAUAUGGACCUGCAUGCAAAUAUAUUAAAAGAAGAAUCCAAAUGUUUAAUUAAGAAUGAAGAACCUAUAAUCACUCUUGUAAAAGAGAAAAAAGGAUCUUGGCAUAAUUUACUCAAGAAAAGGAAUCCUAAUGUGUCUUUUGACUUUGAUCACUGGGAGGAAUGUGAAGAUAUAAGUCCCUUUUCUAAUGUUGUGUGCUCUCGAAAAGUAGUCAACACUGAUAUGCAGAUAAACGAAGAUCUCGAUGAUUCUUCUGAGGACAGUGAAACUGAUAGUGAAUAGCAAGCCCAUUGAAUUCUGGUUGGAAGCUUUCCAGAGAUACACAUGGACACCUCCUAACCUUUUUUAUGCCAGGGAAGAAAAAUCAUCUUGUCUAUAAAAGUAGUCAUUUCAUUUACUGAUGGUAAGAAUUACCUGGUUGCCAGUUUAUAUAAAGUGACCAAAAUUAAGGGUUCCCUAUUUGAAAAAUACAUGUCCAGCUAAUAAUGUACUAAUGUAAUGUAUUGUAAUAAUUUCUUCUCCUCCUCGAUGUCAUUUAGCUAUAGCAAGGUUUAAAUUUGAUUGGAAAAUAGCAAGUUUUGACACCCCUUCCCCCACCCCGGUAGCAAAAUAAAAAAUCUGAGUCCAUUAAUUUUACUUUAGGUCAGAGUUGUAAAACAAGUGAUUUAAAAAUUGUAUGAUUCACUGACCUAUGUAAAUUAUUGGAUUUUAUAAUUCUAUUCUAAUGGAGUCAGAUUUCACCUCAUAAAAUUAUACUUUAACCAGGUUUAUUGAUCCCAUUAUUUCCUUAAUUAGGCCUUAGGGAUAUAGAGUCUUCUCCCUAUUGUUGUUAUGGGUAUAGAUGUUUGAAUCGGUUUGCAUUAAUAAGCAUAUACUAAAUAGUUUAAUAGUCUUAAAAUAACUGGUUUAGACAGUUUUCUGGUGGUAUUAAAUUCACACUUUAUGAAGAAUCAGUAUAACUAUUGACCGUGACAUCACUAAUUUUAAAUUAAUCUCUUAUACACUGAUGGAAUGCGAUUGGCUGAAAGUUUAUGAUCUCCAGAAAGAAAAAUACUUGGGCCUAACUUGUAGAGAUUUCUGAAUGCAGAAGCUAUAGCUUCCAGUAACCCUUUGUACCACUCGGGUGUGGGACUCCGGGUAUUUCUGUAUCAUAGAGUAACCCCAACAUGCGAAACAAAAGUUGCUUUUUUAGUGAAAUUGCAAACACAGUAGGGUUGCCUAAUUUUAGCCCUCAGGAAUACUGGGAAUAUCAGAAUGUUCUUAACCAAUUGGCAAAGCAUUAUAUUGAAGUCAUCAAAAUCACAUACUUGGUUGAAAUGUAUGCAGAAACCCUUUCUUAAUAUGUACAUACACCACGGACUUCUUUUUAAGCUGUAAAAUUUCUCUUUAUUGGAAUCACCAAACUUAAAGUUAUUUGUGUUUACUAAUAGAACACACUGAACAUAGAGAGAAAAAUAGACCUUUCAAAUUGAAGACAAAUUUAAAAUUUAUAAGGUAGACGUGACUUAGUGAAUGGUGCAUUACACUAGUAUGCUAUUUAGAUAACCACUAGAUAGUAUUUGGGCAUUCUCCUUUUUGUUUAGCAAAAAGAAAGAAAAGGUCCUGUCUUGAUAAAAUUUGGUCAUAGAAAUACAUAUUUUGUAUACAUUUGAUAAAAAAACUCUUCCAUUCAGUUUUGUGAAGUGGAGUGACAUUAAACUUUGAGUCUCAGUUUUCUCAUCUGUAAAAUGGGCUACUUAUGAAGGAGAGAACACAAGGGGACAAUCACAGCACCAUUUUAAAGGAGUAUUUCUAAGAAAAAAGUGAGGACAUUUUUCCCAUGACAAGAUCAAGUGACAGGUUACCCUUUUUGCCAGAAUAGGUGGGGGUUUUCUGACUUUGUAUAUAUAGGUAGGUCUGUCGUUCAUGUGUGUGUUCUCCUCCCUUUGGCCACUUGUUAACCUUAAAGUUCAGUGAAUAUACUUUUGCCCCUACAUGUGAUAUUAUACAUUAGGGGAUGGAGCUGAGUCAAGGAGGCAAGUACAUAGAAUUCAAAAUGAAAUUAGAUUUUCUUGAAUUAAAACUAAGUAAAAUGUACCAGUAUCAUCAUGUCCUUCAAUAUUUAUCUUCAAAUUCGUUUAUACAUAUACAGAUUACAACAGGCAGCCCAUGACAAUAGAAGCUUUGUUCAGUGAAUUUUCUUGUCGUGUACCCAGUGAUACCCCAGUGUGUAUAGGAUUUCAUUGCUUUCUGUCAGUAGUUUCUCUCUUUUAGCUUGCCUGCUUUUUGUUUGUUUUUUUGGUUAUUCUUUACUAAACAUUUUUUGGAAGCCAGUAAUAGAACUGCCUAAAGAUGUUUAAUCCUAAGAAAAACCAAGCAAAUGGGUAGCUUAAGUUGUGAUGAUCAUUUUACAAAAUCAAUGUUAAGGUAAUAUAAUUUGUUGUUUUUCUUAAGUUCAAACAUCUUAAUUUUAAAGCCACCGGUGUUCAUUAGAAUUUUUAAGUUAUUUAAUUUUAUUUUAAAAGUAUCAAAUGUGCAACAUUUUUGUAUUUGAACAUGUAGUAUUGACAAACUUAAGACUUGUAAACUAUGAUGUUACAACUUUUUAUAAUGGAAACAAGGCUUCUUCUACAUUUUAAGUUCUCCUAUAAAAGUUUUCUUGGUGUUGUGAAUAACAUGCAUAUUUCUUCUUAUGGCUUCUUCUGUCAGUUGCCUAUGCUCUUAUUCACUUGAUUGUAAUGGGAAAUGGAAAUGUGUCAUCAAUAAAAUAUACUUGUUUUCUUACAAAA